GAUAUUCGUGGUCAACACAACAUAUAUCAAGUAAACCUCGUUCAUUCCGAAAGUGCGCUUUUCGUCACCCUUGACAAGUGAAUACUCGUGAGUCACCGUGGGAUCGAUUUCCGGUCGGGAAAACCACCUUGGAAAGAUUCAGGAGAGAAUUUAGUCUUCCGAAGCGGAAUCGGGCGUGAACGGGUCCUACACGGCGUAACUAACGUCUGCUUCCUUGUACGAUGUGAUUAUACGCAGUAUUGAAUUUUGCGACUGUUAUCAGAUACAAAAAAUCGACGGUCACGGCUGCUACAUCGGAAUUCUGUGAACAUUCCUUGACUCCAUGGCGGAGAAAAUGUAUUACUGGGGCGAGGAGAAAGAUCAAGUCGACCCCGAUCAGACCUUCAUACAAUUCAAGGCCAAAUCGGUGGCGACGGAUAAGAGGCGUGAGCCGUCUCGUACUGUGCCGAAGAUGACGGUGUCUUCGCCACAGGGUAAAAUGACUGAAAUCGGUAAUAGAGAGGAGGAUGCCGAACGCGGCGGAUGGGACAAUAAAUUGGAUUUCCUAUUUUCUUGCAUAAGUGUUUCCGUCGGAUUGGGAAAUGUCUGGCGAUUCCCUUAUCUAUGUUAUAAAAAUGGCGGUGGCGCUUUCUUGAUCACUUACGGCAUUGCAAUGCUGUUUUGCGGAAUUCCUAUAUUUUUUCAAGAAGUCGCUAUUGGACAAUAUCUUGGAGCUGGUGGAAUGUCGUUAGUGGGACAAUUGUGUCCACUACUGCAAGGUGUGGGAUAUGCUACGAUGACCAUUGUAUUCUUCCUUGACGUAUAUUACUGCAUAAUUAUUGCUUGGACUCUUUUUUACCUAAUAAGCAUGUUUGUGAAUUUACCAACAGUACCUUGGAGUGGAUGUGGUAAAUGGUGGAAUACGGUUGAUUGUUAUGAUGCGACUCAGGAAAAUAGUGAGUACGGAAAAAUAAACUGUUCAAAUUCUGUUGAAAAUAAAACCUGUCAUCAUACCACGCCGGUAGAAGAGUAUUGGGAUCGACGAGUCCUCGGCAUUACAUCCGGCAUCGAGAGCAUUGGCAAGAUCCAGUGGGAGCUGUUAGGCUGCCUGAUUAUUGGCUGGCUGCUCGUUUACUUUAUCAUCCGUCGCGGUCUUCAUCAGAGCGGUAAGAUCAUCUGGUUUUCAGCCUUGUUCCCGUACGUGGUGCUUUUCAUUCUUUUGGGAAGAGCGGUGACGUUGGAGGGUUCCUACGACGGUUUGCUUUACUACGUGACGCCACGAUGGGAGGAGUUGCUCAAUCCUGGACCGUGGAUAGACGGCGCUACUCAGAUCUUCUUCGCGUACAGCAUCGGCACCGGUGCUCUGCCCGCUUUGGGAUCAUACAACAAGUUCCAUCAUAAUUGUUAUAGAGACGCAAUAAUCACUUGCGUAGUCAACACCCUGACAUGUCUUCUGGCCGGUUGCGUAACGUUUUCAAUACUGGGUCACAUCGCCCAAGAACAGCAAACGCAGGUGUCCGAGGUUGUCAAGAGCGGACCUGGUCUCGUCUUCCUCACGUAUCCCGAGGUCGUUUUGAAGCUACCCGGUGCUUCGUUGUGGGCCAUUAUAUUCUUCGUUAUGCUGCUCAUACUCGGUAUCGACAGUGAAUUUUGCAUCGUGGAAUCUUUCAUAACUGGUAUGGUUGACUAUUGGCCGGAUACACUUCGUCCACACAGAAUCAAAUUCACCAUCGCUAUCUGCCUGAUAAUGUUCGCUCUGGGAAUUCCGAUGGUUACGAACGGAGGAAUUUAUAUUUUCCAAUUGAUGGAUUUCUACUCUGCGAGCGGAAUGUCUAUUCUAUGGGUUUGUUUCUUCCAAACAAUCGCAAUAUCAUGGAUUUUCGGAGCAAAGAAGUUCUGUGACUGUGUGCAUCAAAUGAUGGGUAUUCGAUUAAAUAAAUUCUGGUACAUAUGCUGGGUUGUACUUGCGCCGGUGAUUAUGCUCUUUAUCUUCAUAUUUCAAAUCGUGCAAUAUAAACCAUUGAAAUAUGGCAGCAACUAUGAAUAUCCUACAUGGGCAGAAGUAGUUGGCGUAUGUUUAAGCCUUUCAUCUAUGAUUUGGAUACCGGGAUAUGCAUUGUAUUACGUAAUAAGUACGCCAGGAUCAUUUAAAGAGAACGUUCUGAAAGGUCUACAACCGAACAUAAAAUCGCAUGCAAAAUUACCGAAAGGCGAAAAAUCAGCCGUAAUACCUAUGUCAGAGAGCAGCGCAGGCUUAAUUACGAAAAAUAACAGUUUCCUGAGUCAAACAUGA